AUGCCGAACCCUUACCAUGACGUGCUGUCGACGCCGCGAGGGACGAGUCGGAACCGCGAGAGGGAGAGGGACGUGAGUCCGCUACUGAGACCAGACAGAGCACGGGAGCUUAACCCUAGUCUGGAAGCCAGCUUUGAGGCCUUGCGACUGGAUAAGUCGAGGGAGGGUAGCGGAUUGGCUCAUUCGCGCGAGAGCAACGGAAUGUCCAUGGCCGAUCCCGGUUCGAGAGCGGAAUCGCUAAGAAUGGGUCACAACGGCCUCUCCCAGAUGCAUCCUCUCUCCGCAGGCCUCUCCGAUGUAAUGACGGGCAUGCCGUUGAGCAUGGACUUUAGCAUGCUCGAGAGCAUCAGCUCGUUGAACCGCACGACCGGCGGGCACAAGCACAUGACGCCGGGCAAGGCGCACCCCAUGGCGAUGUCGUCGCAACGGCCCAGCAUUCGUGUGUCGCACCUCGACGUCAGCGACGGGUCAAUGAGCAAUCUCGAACGAGCACUCGAAUACGCGAAGAAAAAAGUCGACGACGAGCUUCGCGUGUUCAUCAGCGACAUCGCCAAGCGGCUGAACCUCCCAGGCGCCGCGCCGCCCAGAACGCCUCCCAAGUCGCCUGUCUCUCCCACUAACGCCUACCCGUCAACGUUCACGUCGUUUUUGAUGUCGCCGGAAUCGUCUAGAUGGGAGCAAGGGGCGCUCUAUCUUAAAGACCUAGCUGAGAAAUGCCUUCGAAUGCACGCAGACGAGUUCGGAUCGGCGUGCGAGGAUAUCGUGCACGAUUUGAAUAUGGCGCGGCAGCAGCUCCCCAUGGGAACCCUGAAGCAGCUGCACAUGAAAAUGCUCUUUAUUCUCACGCGCUGCACGCGCCUGCUGCAGUCGCAGAAGGAAGCGGAGGCGGAGAUGCCGUACGGGGGAGUGUACGGGGGGCCGUAUAGGGGCGCGGAGGUCUUAGCGACGCCGAUGGUUCGUAACCGCCCGCCUGGCUUGCCGUCGACGCUUCGAUCGCAAGCGUCCAUGGCGGCGACUCACUUCUCUUCGUUUACGGUGUCAAAGCCGCCGGAACGUCCCGCGGAGCUCCCCGCGGGCCACUCCACGGAGCACCCUGCGGAGUUACCGGCGGAGAAGGGGCGGCUGCAGCGGCAGCAGCAGCAGCAGCCGCAGCAACCGCCGCAGCGGUCGAUCAUCCGGUGGGACUCGUGCCCCGCACCGGCGGACUGGCGGGUGCGCGACCCCAAAGCGGAACAGAAGGGGGCCGCGGGGCUGGGGUUCGGCGCGCGCAAGGAUGAGGGGAAGCAGCGGAGCAAGAGCAAGUCGAAUAUGAUGGACGACUGGAGUGCCGCGGUGGCGGAGAUGAGAGGGGCUUUAGACGACGGUUCGGGGCUCAGUUCGUCGAAGAAGAAGCUGUCUGGUGGGUUGAUUGGCGGAGUGACGAAUCUGGUUCGGAUGGUUAGUGGGAAACUCGAGGAGCUAUUGGCAUCGGUUAAGGAGGAGGAAGCAGCAGAGAUGGAGGAGGCGAGGAAGGAUAAGGCGCAGAUGCUCGCGCCGGGCGCGGACGUGCUCAUGGGGGCACAGCAGGCGCACAUGGCGGGUUCGCCCGCUCCGCCAGUUGACGCGGAGGUACACGGGUCCACGAGCGCGCGGGGGCUGCUGUGGGGGCGGGUGGCGGAGAUCCGCAAGGAGGAGGAGAUUCAGCGCGCCUUUCGUAGCCAAUCCGCGCGUGACAAGGCCUCCGGCUCCCGAUCAAGCGACUCUGCGCCGUCGCUGGCGCCUGCAGCAGCGGCGGCAGCACCGGCGGGAACGGCGGUUCGGGAGAUGGGCCCAGCGGCAGACGCAGAGGUAGCGGCGGCGCUAGGUGCAGCGUUAGGCGCAGCGGGAGGAGCGGAGUCCGGGGUUGCAGCAGCCCUAUCCGCGGGAGCUGGCGCAGGGGCAGCAGGAACUGGCGGAGCAUGGGGCGAGGCGGGGGACACGAGCAUGGCGGAAGCGAGCAUGGCGAUUCCGCAGGAGGGAAUUAAGGGGAGUGAGGGAGUUGAGGGGAGGAAGGGGGGACAGGGUGGGGCGCGGCAGGGGCAGGGGGACGUGCGGCGGGAGGGGGAGUCGGAGAAGGCGCACAGACGAGGCGAGGGGCGCAGCAGCAGAGCGUGGGACGUGCGGGUGCCAAGCGGGGAGGACGAGCGGAUGGAGAGCCGGAGGCACGGGGGGGCGAGAGAGCCGCCUUCUCCCUCGGGUAACCUUGCAGAGGACUUUGAUGAUUUGCAUGAGAAAGCAAUGAUGAGAUCUGUGUCGGGGCGAAGAGUGCAGUAUAAGUACGGGUACUGGGGCAAGGGGGAGAACGAGGAGGAGGAGGGUAUGGAUGGGAUGGUUCCGAACGAGGGGGAGCAGGAGUGUGUGGUGAUCUGUCGUAUUUGUGAAGAGGAGGUGAAUGUUACGCAGUUACAGGAGCACUCGCGGCUGUGCGCGCUCGCGAAUCGGUGCGACUCGGCGCAGUUUUCGAUUGACGAUCGGCUGAGGCGGCUAGCGGACGGCCUGGAUCACAUCUCGAACGAGCAGGUGUCGCGGCUGGGCGCCAUGUCGUUCCAACGAGUGCCGUCCAACUCGUCGUCUGCUGCUGGCGGGGCGGCCUCGUCAGGGGUACCCGCGGGGCUGGAUUCGCAUUCCCAGCACGUGGGGUCGAUGGGGGGGGUAGGGGGAGGUGCAGGGGCGAAGCAGGGUGGUGGCAGGUUCCUGUCUCCCUUGGGCAGCAGUAUGGUGUCUCAUGCAGACAUGCGCGAAGGAGACGAAGGUGGCGCAGGAGAAGGAGAAGGAGAAGGAGAAGGGGAGGGGACGGAUGGGUACAGUGGAGAGGAGCAACAGAUGCGCGAGCAAGACGCAGCUGAGCACUGCAGCAGAGAGAACGGGUCGUUGCACCCUGGUGUUCCGAUAAGCCCCACAGAGGAUCACCCAGAGCAUCAGGGCGCAGGGGGCAGCAGCAACAACGUGUCCAACUGGUCGUACGUGAGCCACCACCUGCAGCAGCAGCAGCAGCAGCAGCACAAGCUGCAGCAGCAACAGCAGCUGCAGGCAGCGGGCGAGGAGGGCUCCCAGUACGAGCCGUCCAUGAGCGCAGUGACGAGCAUGAGCGGCGCCACCUCCACCAGCGGGUUCCUAUCCGCGGGCACGGCCUCCCCCAUGCCCACGUCGCCGGCAGGAUCUGCAGGCACGAGAGGGGACGGCCAUGGGGUGUAUGGGAGCCCCGGGUCGUCGCUGCUGAAGAGUGCUCUGGCGGGAGGCGGGAGGGAGGUAAUGGAGGAGCACAUCCACAUGGUGGCUCAAGAGGAGAUCGCCCUGAUGGACGACCUAGCGGACAUAGCACAGGACGUGGCAGAUGUGUCACUGGAGGACGACAAGCCAGAGGAGCUGCUGCUGACAGACAUGAGGGACCUCACGGACCUGCUGCGCACCAACGACGCGCGCUUCCUCACCAUUGACGUGUUCGGCCGCCGCAUCACCAAGCUGCUGCAGGAGAAGUACUACCGCCUGAGGGACAUCCUGGACCACCAGAUGGGCGCGGCAGCAGGCAGUGCACUGCGAGGCUACGGGGGGACAGAUGGGGGCGAGGCGAUGCAAUAUGCGGACGAGGACGGAGAGGACGUAUUGAACCUCUCCCGCAGCGCCCGCAGCACCCCGCCCAACGCCUCUAUGGGCGGCGGCAGCAGCAUCGGUGGCGGCGGCAUUGGUGGUUUUGCUGGUGGUGCUGGUGGCCCUGGUGGUGGUGGUGGCGGCGGCGGUGGUGGUGUGGCUGCGUCGUCGUCGUCGGCUUCGGCGGCGGGGCGGGAUCGCACGACGAUAGAUGAUUUUGAGCUGAUCAAGCCCAUCAGCAAGGGCGCGUAUGGGCGCGUGUUCCUGGCCAAGAAGAAGACCACGGGGGACCUCUUUGCCAUCAAGGUGCUGCGCAAGGCGGACAUGGUGCGCAAGAACGCGGUGGAGAGUGUGCAGGCAGAGCGCAACAUCCUCGCCUCCGUGCGCAGCCCCUUCGUGGUGCGCUGCUUCUAUUCGUUCACGUGUCGGGAGAACCUCUAUCUGGUGAUGGAGUAUCUCAACGGGGGCGACCUCUUCUCGCUGCUGCAGAACCUCGGCUGCCUCGAGGAGCCCAUGGCCCGCGCCUACAUCGCCGAACUCGUGUUGGCAUUGGAGCAUCUGCAUGCGAGUGGCAUCAUCCACCGGGACCUCAAGCCCGACAACCUCCUCAUCGCAUACGACGGCCACAUCAAGCUGACGGACUUUGGGCUGUCCCAAAUGGGUCUAUUCAACAGCACGGGCGAUUUCGCCAUCGGCCCUCUCACCACCACAGGACUCUCCGAGCCCCCCUCCCCCAACGUCACCGCCGCCGCCGCUGCUGCUGCCGCCUCUGCUUCCGCCUCCGCUGCUGCCGCUGCAGCUGCCCUCUCAGCCUCUGCCCACCCCCCAGCCGCCCUCGGCUUCCCCAAAUCCGGGUCGAUAGAUUCCGGCGCGUCUGUCUCGGCGUCUAUCCCCACGUCGCCUCUCUGGGCGGCGGACCGGGCGGCAGACUUCCCGCCCGCGCCGUCCGGCGCGUCGUCCCGCCCGUCGUCCUCUUCCGGCCGCACUUCGCCGUUUUCGGGGGUUCCGGGCGGUGUGGGGAUGGUGGGCGGCGGAGGGGCGGGUAGUGUGGGAGGGGGAGGGGGAGGUGCGGGGGGGAUGGGGGGCGGAUCGGCGUCACCUGCGUGGAAGGCUGAGGUGGAGUCGUUGCAGGGUGCCGGGCGGAGUGCGUCGGCGGAUGUGGAGAAGAAGAAGGAGCAGACGGUGGGCACUCCGGACUAUCUUGCUCCGGAGAUUCUGCUCGGCACGGGCCAUGGUGCCACGGCGGAUUGGUGGGCUGUUGGAGUGAUGCUAUUUGAGCUGCUCUGCGGUGUUCCUCCCUUCAACGCGCCCUCUCCAGAGAUCAUAUUUGACAACAUUCUGAACCGAGACAUUCCAUGGCCGGAGGUGCCUGAGGAGAUGUCCUAUGAGGCCAUGGACCUCAUUGACAAGCUGCUGCAUCCGGAGCCGUCGCUGCGGCUGGGAGCGAGGGGAGCAGAAGAGGUGAAGGCGCACCCCUUUUUUGACGGCAUCCGCUGGGAGACGCUCGCGCAGGAGCAGGCGGUGUUUGUGCCAAGCCCAGACAACCCGCACGACACGGGGUACUUUUUGACGCGCGGGUGGCAGCAGGAGCCGGGCGGCAUGGACGGGGGGAACAUGGCGAUGGGCAUGGGCGAGAGCGAGAGCGCCAGCAGCGACGCCUGCAGCAGCACGUCUGCAGACGACUUUUACCAGGGCGAGCAGGGGGACGAGCCCGGGGACAUGAGGAACUUCUCAGACAAUGUCGCUGCUGCCUUCACCAACUUCUCCUUCAAGAACCUCUCCCAACUGGCUGAGAUCAACUAUGAGUUCCUGGGCCGGCAAAAGAGCCCUCCCAGCCAUCUCAAAACCAUGAAGCGGCGCGGGGCUGGUCUCAUCCUCGAUCUCCCCGACGAGGUGCUGACGUCUAUCAUUCUCGAAUCGCUGCUUCGGCGAUGCUCGGCUCUCGAGGAUCUCUCCGUGAUCAACGAUCGAGGGAAAUCGACGGUUGGCGAUGAGCUGCUGCUGGCCGUCGGAUCGAGAUGCUCGCAGCUGGAGCGGCUGAGCCUCGUGGGAUGCGAGGGGGUGACGGAUAAUGGAUGGAGGACGUUCAGUGCACAGUGCCGCACGCUCAAGGCGCUCGAGCUCCGCCUUGUUUCCGCCAAAGCAGUCUGCCCGCCCCUCUCUGCCUUCCCCUCGCUGCUCUCCCUCACACUUUACCGCCUAGACGGCCUCCCAGUGCAAAUCUCCUCCCUCUCGCACUGCUCCUUCCUCACCUCCCUCUCCCUCUGGCACCUUACCGACCCGCUUCUCUCCUCCCUCUCCUCCUCCUCCCCCUCUCUCCCCGCCCUCCAAUCCUUCACCCUCACAUCAGCAUCAGUCACAACUUCCCUGGCAUCCCUCGGUGCUUUCCCUCUCCUCUCUUCACUCGCUCUCUGCCAAUGCUCGCAAAUCGGUCCCCCUGAAAUGCACUCUCUCUCGCGCUCCCUCCACACACUCACCCACCUGACCAUCCAAGACUGCCACAUGAUUCCCUCCUCUGCGGUGGCCGCUUUAACCGCUGCUAAUUCAUCUCUUGUGUCUCUCUCCCUCCGGGGCAACAGGCGUCUCUUCAGCCAUGUGGGGAUUGAAGCGGCGCUUAAAUCCGUCGCCGGCGCUUUAGAAUCGCUGACGCUUAGUGGCAUGCCGAUGCUGAUUCCGGACGCUCUUGCUGGGUGCACGCGAUUGAAGUCAGUGCGGUUGGAGUAUGGAAAGGGGUCCGUGUGGGAUAUUGCAGGCAUGCUGGGUGUAGGGAGCAUUGAGCCGCCUCGAGGAUCGUUGUUUGCUGUUGCUGGCAUUGUGAUUGAUUGGCUGGGUGACGUGCAGCAUGAAAGAGGAGGGAGGGGAGGAGGUGGUGGAGUGGGAGAAGGUGGGGAAGGAGGUGCAGGAAUAGGACGAGGAGAGGGACUAGAUGCAACUCUAGGCUUGAGCACGACUGCACCUGUGGACGCACCUGCACCAGUGGACGCACCUGCUCCACCUUCAUACGUGGAGGCAAAAGUUGUGCCUUUGGAGACCCUCUCUCUCCACUGCUUUGAGUUUCGCUCGGAUGUUUUUCUCUCCGUGGUUUCGACUUCCCCCUUCCCUCCACCUCCCUCACGCCACCCGUCUUUCCGUGCGUUUACGGAGCUGAGACGACUGUCCCUGCACGCUUGUUCGGGGCUUGAAGGGAGGGAUUUCCAUGAGAUUUUCCAGUCCUGUCCUCGUUUAGAGCAUCUCCUUGUGGACUACAAUGACGCAUUCUCCGACCGGGUGAUUUUGGAGUGUAGACUGGAAAAGCUCACACGUUUCAGUGUUGUAGCAUGUCCCAAGGUGACAGCAGAGAGUAUCGGGGGUAUUCUAGGGAGUUUCCCGAAGCUACGGUGGUUGAAGGUGGAGAAGGUGAAAGUCACAGAGAGGGCUAGAAGGGUGUUCCUGAGGGCUGGCAUGAUUAUACGAGUCGCGCUCAAGGCGCUGGACCUCCGCCUGGUCUCCGCCAAAGCAGUCUGCCCGCCCCUCUCCGCCUUCCCCUCGCUGCUUUCCCUCACGUUCUACCGCAUAGACGGCCUUCCACAUCAGUCAAAAACCUCCCUGGGAUCCCUCGGUGCUUUCCCCCUUCUCUCCUCUCUCGCUCUCUGCACAUGCUCGCAAAUUGGUCCCCCUGAAAUGCUCCCUCUCUCGCGCUCUCUCCACACACUCACUCACCUCACCAUACAAGACUGCCUCAUGAUUUCCUCCUCUGCACUGGCCGCUCUAACCGCUGCUAAUUCAUCUCUCGCGUCUCUUUCCCUCCAGGGCAGCUGGCGUCUCUUCAUGCCUGGAGUGAUUGAAGCGGCGCUUAAAUCCGCCGCCGGCGCUUAG